AUGCUGAAGAGAAUUAUCGACGAGUCCAGCUGGGGAAAAUAUGACUUCAUGUAUCUCCGCAUCGAUUUCGCGAACGACUGCAAUGUUGGAUACGCGUUUAUUAACUUUGUUGAUCCUCUAGAUAUUAUCGAUUUUGUUGAGGCACGUGGCAAUCAACGAUGGAACUGCUUCAAAAGCGACAAGGUGGCUGAGGUCUCCUACGCCACUAUUCAAGGCAAAGAUUGUCUCGUUCAGAAGUUUCGGAAUAGUUCCGUCAUGUUGGAGGCCGCACACUAUCGACCAAAACUCUAUUUUACCUCAAACGGUCCGAUGCCAGAAAUGGCAGGCCAGGAAGAACAAUUCCCAGAACCAGAUAACCAGUCCAAAAUGAAGCGCAGCUGCGAAAACGCAGAGCAUGUCGGACUUUUUACGCCAAACGCUGGACAGCACUUCCGGGACGAGCAGCGUCGUAGACGUUCGCAGUACGAUCGAGGUACUCGACUAGCUGCUCUCGAAGAAUACGACUUGGAGGCCAUUCAGCACCUCUACAUCGGAAGCGAGAGGGCUGAAUAA